UUUCUCUGAAACCGUGUAAGGCUUUGAAAGCCAUUUCCAAACGCUCUCAGGAAAAAAAAGCCUCCUUUUCCCUCCAGCCUCCGCCGCUGGUGCCGUCGCCGUCAAUUGCUACUUGCGUCGUCGCCGUCAAUUGCUACUUGCGUCGUCGCCUCCAGCUUCUCCUCUACUGGUAAGGCGCUCAGUUCUCAACACCUGAACUGAGCCAAGAAGACUGAUCAGUUAACAGCUGUGGAAUCUUGCUUUGCUUCUGUCUCUGUCGUUUUUCUGCAAAAUCCUCUUUUAGCCGCCGGAGAUACAAAAUGAGCGUAGUUGCUUUCAGUUCCAUUUGUUUUAACAGUGCUCACUGUUCCAACAAGGACUUGAUAAAGCAACACAAUGUGAAGUCACAUAUUAAGUGUUCGAUCAAGAGUGGUAUAACAACAACAACUUCACAAAACAAUGUUCGUGUUGGUGUUCUUGGAGCAAGUGGCUACACUGGUUCUGAGAUUAUUCGGCUUUUGGCAAAUCAUCCACACUUUGGGGUGGCACUGAUGACUGCUGAUAGGAAAGCUGGACAGGCAAUCUCAUCUGUAUUCCCUCAUUUGGUCACACAAGACUUGCCAGAUUUGAUUGCAAUAAAGGAUGCAGAUUUUUCUGACGUGGAUGCUGUAUUUUGUUGUUUACCACAUGGAACUACACAGGAAAUAAUUAAAGGCCUUCCGGAGCACUUGAAGAUUGUUGAUCUUUCUGCUGAUUUUCGUUUAAGAGAUGUUUCUGAGUAUGAAGAGUGGUAUGGUCAGCCACACAGGGCACCAGAUUUGCAGAAAGAAGCUAUAUACGGAUUAACAGAGGUUUUAAGGGAGGAAAUAAAGAACGCACGCCUAGUUGCUAAUCCUGGUUGUUAUCCAACUUCCAUUCAACUUCCUCUUGUUCCACUUAUAAAGGCUAAUCUUAUUCAGACUAGUAAUAUUAUUGUUGAUGCAAAAUCUGGUGUUAGUGGAGCAGGUCGAAGUGCGAAAGAAAAUUUAUUGUUCACUGAAGUGACUGAGGGUAUGAAUUCUUAUGGUGUUACUCGGCAUCGCCAUGCUCCAGAAAUCGAACAGGGACUCACUGAUGCUGCAGGUUCAAAAGUAACCAUUAGUUUUACCCCACACCUGAUUCCAAUGAGCCGUGGUAUGCAAUCAACUAUUUAUGUGGAAAUGGCUCCAGGAGUAAGAAUUGAAGACUUGUACCAUCAACUGCAACAAUCAUAUGAGAAUGAAGAAUUUGUUGUACUUUUGGAAAAUGGCGUCAUUCCUCGAACUCAUAGUGUUAAAGGAUCAAAUUACUGUUUAAUCAAUGUUUUCCCUGACCGAAUUCCUGGAAGAGCAAUCAUUAUAUCUGUGAUUGAUAACUUAGUGAAGGGAGCUUCAGGUCAAGCAUUACAAAAUCUUAAUUUAAUAAUGGGAUUUCCAGAAAAUUUGGGGCUUCAUUACCUGCCUCUGUUUCCUUAAGAGUCGGAGUAGCCAAUGUUUCUUCUGUGUAAACUUAUAAACAGUUCUUUUCGCCUUUUGAUUCUAUUGACUUAUGUGGCCAACCGUGGUAUAGAGUCAAUGUCUCGGCUAGAGGAUAGCCUAGUCGAAACAUUUUAGAAUCAUGGAUUUUUGUUAACUAACAAGGUUGCUGCCAUGUAUCCUGUUAUCUUAGACUUUCAGGAACAAAUGCACCAGUUUGAUGAUUUUCAAGUUA